AAUAGUAAAGUUCCAUUUCAGAAACAUGAGGACCUCCUGUUUGCCGUUUGUAUGGUUUAUUACUAUUGGUCUUCUGGAAAUUACUGCGUCGAGUUUACAUUCGUGGACGAACGAGAAUGAAUUGGACGAUUAUGGUGGAAGCCGUCAUAUUAAUCCCAAAUCGCCCGCUUCGGAAUUACCCGGUGAGGUUGAUAUACUGAAGUUAAUUAACGUAACGGCAAAAGAUCCAGGAGUGUCCUUAGUUGAAGGUCCAAUAAAUAACUAUCCAGCCUAUAAGUUUCGUUUGCCCUACGGCAACGUUCCGUUAGCAAACUCAACGGCAGUCACGAAUGCGAUGUCGAAAGCAUCUGGUUUCACCGUCAUAUUUUUAUAUCGACAACAGAAAAAUAAUUUAGGAACCCUUAUAUCGAUCAAUUCCCCCGGGAGGUUAACCCCAUGGUUUCAGCUCUCCACGAACUCCAGAACUGGACUGCUCAGCUUAAAGUAUAGAAUUAAUUCCUCUACGAAAUUGCACCAAAGCGACUGGAGCUUGCCCGUACACCAUCGAAAAUCUCCAUUGGCAGCCUGGACGUGGAUAAUGCUGAGCGCCGAAUACUCGACAAACACGUUAAGGCUAGACAUAGAUUGCCAAAGGAGCCAAUACGAAAGUUUGGGAUCGCAUAAUGAGGCCGGCUCGAAUAUUAGUAUCCCGCAGGAUUCGCUUGUUUACUUUCGACAGGAGCCGGGAAGAAAGAAGAAGUUUUUGGGAUCCAUGCAAGUGGCCAAGGUACUGCCGUACGUCACCAAGGAGAGAUUAUGGAGCUGCACCCACAUCAGUGAUAACUCAUCACGUCUUAAGCCAAUUUUGUAAAAAAAGGGUGACUUCCCAACUGUUGUAGUUAUUUUAUACCUACCUUUAUUGUAACUUUUUAGAAACUCUCUUAAGUAACCAUGACAGAAUAUAAAUUUAUUUAAAAGAGAAAAUAAAUAAUUUCAAUACAAAUUGAAUUGUUGAAUCUAGUUUGUUACGUAUUUUAUAUAAUGCUGAUCUGUAUAAAAAUAGUCCUUUCAAAUAUAUAUUUAAAAAGAAAA